UUUAUUCGAUUACCCUUCUCUAUCUUCUCUCACAAUCUCACUCGCAAUUCCGCUGCAAGUUUGCAACGAAGGUGAAUUCGAAUUCCAUUAAUCUUCUAUUCCGUUUUUGUGUCUAAUUGCGAAAAGCUGAAAGAGAAUCCGCCUUUUUCCUCAAUAUCGGAAGAUCUGUAUUAUUGCAUAUCUAAGGUGAAAUCACAGAGGGAAGGAAUAGAAUGGGAUACAUCGGAGCUCAUGGAGUUGCGGCGUUGCGGAAGCACAAGUAUAGCGGAGUUGAUCACUCCAUAGUGUCCAAAUACGUGCUGCAGCCUUUCUGGACCCGCUGCGUCAACUUGUUCCCUCUCUGGAUGCCACCUAACAUGAUUACACUUACAGGAUCAAUGUUUUUGGUUACAUCUGCAUUGCUUGGAUAUAUAUAUUCACCUCAACUGGAUUCACCUCCUCCAAGAUGGGUUAAUUUUGCCCACGGAUUACUGCUCUUCUUAUACCAAACUUUUGACGCUGUUGAUGGAAAGCAAGCAAGAAGAACAAAUUCUUCUAGUCCAUUGGGAGAACUUUUUGACCAUGGGUGUGAUGCUCUUGGGUGUGCGUUUGAGGCCUUGGCCUUUGGAAGCACUGCCAUGUGUGGUAGGAAUACUUUUUGGUUCUGGGUUAUAUCAGCUGUCCCUUUCUACUGUGCUACAUGGGAGAACUAUUUCACCAAUACGCUUAUUCUUCCCAUCAUUAAUGGACCUACUGAAGGCCUUCUGCUGAUAUACACUGUCCAUUUUUUCACUGCUAUUGUUGGUACUGAGUGGUGGGCCCAGCCGUUUGGAAAAUCCAUCCCAUUCGCCAGCUGGGUUCCGAUUGUAAAUGAAAUGCCGAUGUAUAGUGCAGCAUUGUUCAUGAUGAUAGUCUUUGCGGUUAUACCUACAGUUUUAUUCAAUGUGUACAAUGUUUAUAAGAUUGUUCGAGCAAAAAAAGGGAGCAUGCUGCUAGCUUUGGCAAUGCUUUACCCGUUUGCUCUUCUACUGGGUGGAGUUCUUUUCUGGGACUAUCUGUCUCCUCUUGAUUUACUGGGCAACUACCCACACCUCGUCAUAUUGGGUAUUGGUUUGUCAUUCGGGUUCCUCGUGGGAAGGAUGAUUCUCGCUCAUAUAUGUGACGAACCCAAGGGCUUGAAGACAAGCAUGUGCAUGUCGCUAUUAUACCUUCCUUUUGCCAUUGCAAAUGCACUCACAGCCAGUCUAAAUGAUGGGGUUCCUCUCGUUGACGAGUUCUGGGUUCUUCUUGGUUUCUUUGCUUACUCCGUGGUGCUAUAUACGCAUUUCGUAACAUCCAUUGUUCAUGAAAUAACAACAGCUCUCGGAAUUUACUGCUUCAGGAUAACUAGAAAAGAAGCCUAAGAUGGGACUAGUUGGCUGUGUCUCUACAAUAUGGCAGUGAUGAAGCUCUGCAAGCAACAUUCCUAUAAAUUUCUUUAGUUUGAGACUAGGUUUUGCAUGUUGGUUGCUGUAAUUGUUCAAAUUAGGCAACUCUACACACCAUUUGAAGGUCCUCUUUCCUUUUGCUAUUUCAUUUUUAGAAUGUAUGGGGUACAUGAAUUUAGUUUCCUUGCUUAUAAGUUACUAGGAGUAUAUCACAAAAACUAGUGUCAGACUAGUUUUGUUACCACAAAUUUUUUUGUUGUUGCCCUUUUUGGUUUA